CCAUGGCUGCCAGGGAGGAGGUUCUUGCCUUGCAGGCUGAAGUGGCCCAGCGCGAGGAGGAGCUGAGAUCCCUGAAGCAGAGACUGGCGGCGGCUCUUUCGGCGCAGGAAGAGCCAGAGCGGCUGGUGCCGGUGCCGCCCCUGCCGCCGAAGGCCGCCCUGUCCCGAGAGGAGAUUCUGCGCUACAGCCGGCAGCUCGUGCUGCCCGAGCUCGGGGUGCACGGACAGCUGCGCCUGGCGACCGCGUCCGUGCUGGUCGUGGGCUGCGGGGGGCUCGGCUGCCCCCUGGCGCAGUACCUGGCGGCGGCCGGCGUGGGCCGCCUCGGCCUCGUGGACUACGACGUGGUAGAAAUGAGCAACCUGGCCCGCCAGGUGCUGCACGGCGAGGCGCUGGCCGGCCAGGCCAAGGUCUUUUCGGCUGCCGCGGCCUUGCGCCGUCUCAACUCGGCCGUGGAGUGCGUGCCGUACGCGCAGGCUCUAACGCCGGCCACGGCCCUCGACCUGGUCCGCCGUUAUGACGUGGUAGCCGACUGCUCCGACAACGCGCCCACGCGCUACCUGGUGAACGACGCCUGUGUGCUCGCCGGCCGGCCCCUCGUGUCCGCCAGCGCCCUGCGCCUGGAGGGCCAGAUCACAGUCUACCACUACGAGGGCGGCCCUUGCUAUCGCUGCGUAUUCCCCCAGCCACCCCCAGCCGACACGGUGACCAGCUGCGCGGAUGGCGGGGUGCUCGGUGUCGUAACUGGGGUCCUGGGCUGCCUGCAGGCGCUGGAAGUGUUGAAGAUCGCCGCCGGGCUGGGCCCCUCUUACAGUGGCAGUCUGUUGCUCUUCGAUGCUCUCCGAGGACGUUUCCGCUGUAUUCGGCUGCGGAGCCGCAGGCCCGACUGUGCAGCUUGCGGGGAGCGGCCCACUGUGACUGACCUGCAGGACUAUGAAGCCUUCUGUGGCUCCUCGGCCACCGAUAAGUGUCGCUCCCUGCAGUUGCUGAGCCCAGGGGAGCGAGUUUCUGUCACCGACUAUAAGCGACUUCUGGAUUCUGGGUCACCGCACCUGUUGCUGGACGUCAGGCCUCAAGUGGAAGUGGACAUCUGUCGUUUGCCUCAUGCCCUACACAUCCCUUUGAAACAGUUGGAACGGAGGAAUGCGGAGAGCCUGAAACUCUUAGGAGAGGCAAUCCAGAAAGGGAAGCAAGACACCCAGGAAGGGGCAGCUCUCCCCAUUUAUGUCAUUUGCAAACUGGGCAAUGACUCCCAGAAAGCCGUGAAGAUCCUGCAGUCCUUGGCCGAAAUCCAGGAGUUAGACUUUCUGACGGUUAAGGACGUUGUGGGUGGACUCAUAGCCUGGGCUGCCAAAAUCGAUGGAACAUUUCCGCAGUACUGAGGUGGCUAACGUACACAGUCUGACCUGAGAAAGAUGUGAAUUGCCAUAUUACCUUAAAAAUAUAUUUAUUUGCAUUUUUCUCAGUAAUGUACAAAGAGACUGGGAUUCUGCAUCUGUGAAUAUGGACUUCUUUUUAUAAGGGGCUUUUUAAUGGUAAUUUAUUGGAUGAUAUAGUUGUUAAUGGGCUAUAAUAUUGUUUCUGAGAACUGCCCUGUGUUUUCAGUACUUGGAGGGUGCCUUGAACAUGUGAGAUAUAUUGUAAGCGACAGGAUUUUGUAUUUUAAUCCGCAGAUCAUUUGCCUGCCCUGCUUUUUUCCCACCUCCCCCAAUCAAAAAGCUCUCUAACUGGUCUGUUUUAUGCCUGGAAUUAAGUUGUUGUAAACUUAGUCUUACCAAGUUGAUCACAGAUGAUAUACUUAAGAUCAGUUUAUUGUUUACUAAAGGCAUCCUUUGGGUCUUAUUUCUACUUCACAUGAUAGAAUAUGUCCUACAGAAAUAAAUGUUAAGAUGUAAAUUGUUUGGAUUUUCUGGAAAGUGGUCAUUAAAUAUUUUGAAGCAUAUCAAAGUGAAAUAUUUACAGA